AUGAACAAUCAGCCCCAAGAGGCCAAUAGUCUGGAUUCAAUCAGCCUGGUCACUCAGAUCCUCUGCUUUUCUAUUACUUCGCCUCUGAUUGCUCUGAGGAUAUUUGCUCGGCUCAAACUACAUCAUUCAUUUGGUGUCGAAGAUGCAUCCUGCUAUAUUGCAUGGAUUCUCUUCUUAGGACAUUGCAUUUACACCUUUUCCGACGUGCCUUCUUCUCCCGGUAGUAAUAGCCCCUCGGAUACUCGGACUGAGCUCAAGAUAUUUUAUAUUGCAACGAUGAUCUACGUUCCGAUGAUUCUGCUUGUGAAAACCUCUCUCAUUUAUACAUUGAUUCGACUUUGGAGCCCAUACCGGGCUAAGGUCGUAUCACUCUAUAUCUUUCUGGCAAUAAUAGUUGCCUACUAUAUAAUUAUUCUGUUCGUGAAAGUGUUUUCCUGCGCCCCAAUCCGCCUAUUGUGGGAGGUCAACGAUCUAGCUGGGUCAUGUCUCAAUCGUUCUGCUAUCAUCAUUGCCGACUCCGUGACUAGUGUGACCACUGAUCUGGCUAUCCUAACAUUUCCGAUAGCCCUCACAUGGGGAUUGCAAAUGGCCGUUUCCAAGAAACUACAUGUCAUUGUCAUUUUGGGCGCGGGGGGCACUGCUAUUGCAUUCAGUAUCUACCGACUGGUCCUUGCCGUCCAUUACCGAGAUGCCUCCUUUCGAAGAGAUCUCUUUUUGAGAAUUCUUCUUUCUGAGUAA